AUGAUUGAUGCCACUACUGGGUAUGAGGCGAUGUCUUUUAUGGAUGGUUCAUCCGGCUAUAAUCAGAUCCGCAUGUCUCCAAAGGAUGAAGAGUUGACCGCAUUUCGCACUCCUAAGGGCAUUUAUUGCUACAAAGUAAUGCCUUUCGGUUUGAAGAACACAGGAGCAACAUACCAAAGAGCUAUGCAAAACAUUUUUGAUAACAUUCUUCACAAAAAUGUUGAAUGUUAUGUUGAUGAUUUAGUAGUGAAAUCAAGAAAAAAGUGUGAUCACUUGCAAGACUUGAGGAUGGUGUUUGAUCUACUACGAAGGUAUCAACUUAGAAUGAAUCCUUUGAAAUAUGCGUUUGGAGUUACCUCUGGAAAAUUCCUUGGCUUCAUUGUACGACAUCGAGGAAUAAAAAUUGAUCAAGUAAAAGUAGAUGCAAUUCUGAAGAUGGUAGAGCCAAGAAACAUUCAUGAAUUGAAGAGUCUACAAGGGAAGCUAGCAUAUCUUAGGAGAUUCAUCUCGAAUCUAGCAGGAAAGUGCCAACCAUUCAGCCGCCUUAUGAAAAAGGGCACUCUUUUUGAAUGGGACCAAGCUUGUAGUAAUGCCUUUGAAAGCAUCAAGUCUUACUUGACAAAACCACCAGUUUUAGCAGCUCCUGUUCCUGGAAAGCCAUUGAUACUUUACAUAUCAGCUCAAGAAAGAUCAGUGGGAGCACUCUUAGCCCAAGAGAAUGGCAAAGGGAAAGAAAAUUCCCUUUACUACUUGAGUAGGAUGAUGACACCAAAUGAGUUGAAGUACUCGCCAAUCGAAAAGCUAUGUUUGGCCUUAGUCUUCUCAAUUCAGAAGAUGAAACACUACUUUCAAGCUCACGUCGUCCGUCUUAUUUCUAAAGCCAACCCCAUCAAAUUUGUGAUGUCGAAACCUGUCCUCAAUGAUCGACUAGCAAGAUGGUAUCUCCAGUUUCAACAAUUUGAAAUUGUGUAUGUUCCUCAAAAGGCUGUGAAAGGGCAAGCAUUGGCAGACUUCUUAGCAGACCACCCGAUACCUGAUGAUUGGGAACUCAAUGAUGAAUUACCUGAUGAAGAUGCAAUGGUUGUUGAAGUUCAACCGCCUUGGAAGAUGUAUUUUGAUGGGGCCUCACAUCGCGAAGGGGCUGGCGCUGGGGUGAUAUUUGUCACUUCUCGAGAGGAGAUCUUGCCGUAUUCCUUCACCUUAACGCAAUGUUGCUCCAAUAAUAUUGCAGAAUAUCAAGCCUUAAUACUUGGGCUUGAAAUGGCGGUUGAUAUGAAGCAAUUGCAAUUACAAGUUUUUGGAGACUCUGAAUUAGUGAUCAAUCAAUUGUUGGGUAGCUAUGAAGUCAAAAAGCCAGAAUUGCGUCUCUAUCAUGACUAUGCACAACAAUUGAUUAGAUGGCUCGGAGAUGUAACUCUUCAACAUGUUCCAAGAAAGGAGAAUAAAAAAGCUGAUGCUUUAGCCGCUUUGGCUUCAACUUUAACUCUGCCUGAUCAAGCGCAAAUCACUAUCUGCCAAAAAUGGAUAGUGCCACCGGAUGUGGAUGAAGAAAGCAAAUUUGAACAUCUUGUAGCUGUCUCACAAGCUAAGAUAGUUGAUUGGAGACAUGUUCUGAUUGAUUACUUGUGUUAUAAUAUACUUCCAGAAGAUCCAAAGAGAAAGACCGAAAUUCGUCGUCGUGCUCCUAGGUUUCUUUACUACAAAGAUACUCUAUAUCGAAGAUCAUUCGAGGGAGUCCUCUUGCGUUGUUUGGGGGAAGAAGAAGCGAUUCAAGCUAUGCAAGAAGCACAUUCUGGAGUUUGUGGAUCACAUCAAUCUGGGCCCAGAUUACACUUUCAUAUAAAAAGAAUGGGGUAUUAUUGGCCAACAAUGGUAAAAGAUUGCUUGGACUAUGCUCGAAGAUGUCAAGCAUGCCAAUUUCAUGCAAACUUUAUGCACCAACCUCCUGAUGUAUUACAUCCGACUGUUGCAUCUUGGCCAUUUGAUGCUUGGGGGCUAGACGUGGUUGGACCACUUCCUAAAUCUUCUGGUGGUCACUUGUACAUCUUGGCUGCGACAGAUUACUUCUCAAAAUGGGCUGAGGCCGUAGCCCUCAAAGAAGUAAAGAAGGAAAAUGUUGCAAACUUCAUCAGGGUGAACAUUAUCUAUCGUUUUGGCAUUCCUAGUUAUAUACUAACAGAUAAUGGAAAGCCAUUCACCAAUAAAUUGAUGGAUAAGAUCUGCGACCUUUUUGGCUUCAAGCAACGUAAUUCAUCAAUGUAUUAUGCUGCUGCAAAUGGACUAGCUGAAGCAUUUAACAAGACCUUGUGCAACUUGUUAAAGAAGGUCGUCUCCAAAUCUAAAAGGGAUUGGCAUGAUAGAAUGGAAGAAGCUCUUUGGGCAUACCGGACGACUCAUCGCACGCCGACUCAAGCAACUCCUUAUUCUCUUGUUUUUGGAACUGAAGCAGUCCUUCCACUUGAACGACAAAUACCGUUAUUAAGGCUUGCCAUCCAAGAGGGACUUACUGAAGAAGAAAAUGCUUGUCUGCGCCUUGAAGAGUUAGAAUCUCUCGAUGAGAAAAGGUUGGAAGCUCAACAAAGUCUUGAGUGCUAUCAAGCUCGUCUUUCCCGUGCUUUCAAUAAAAAGGUUCGCCUAAGGUCUUUCCAAGUCGGUGAUCAAGUCCUUGCGGUAAGAAGACCAAUUAUCAUAUCUCAUAAAUCGAAAAGCAAGUUCACAUCAAAAUGGGACGGACCAUAUGUCAUUCAAGAAGUCUAUUCAAGCGGAGCUUACAAAAUUGUGGAUGUAGACGGCUUGCGGAUUGGUCCCAUCAAUGGAAAAUUCUUGAAGAAGUACUAUCCUUGA